CAUCAACAGCGACAGAUUAUGCUGAAGCGUGCCGCAUUGCGCGAGGACUCCCUCCGGUGCAUCGCUCUCGUCAGCCCUCCCCCCUUCCAUUCAGUGCGGCUCGCCAGACGCAAUAAGGUUCUCUUCCACGAGUUCCGCAAGCCGCCGCCCGUCGGCAUGAAGUUCAGGGAGCGCCGCGUCGCGUCUGUGACCGAGAACCUCAUGGAUCACCCGCUUGAAAACCUGGCUGGCGAAGAUCUGGCCGAGUAUGCGUAUCGGCUGCACAGGACGAAAGAAGCGGGAAGCGACGAGUGGGAGGGGCUGGUCGUGCGCAUGACGGAGCUAGUGAAUACGCCACUGCUGAAGGCCAACCACAUUGCGCAGCUGCUCAAGUUUCUGGCGAGGGAGAAGGAAAAGCUGACGGAUGACUCCCUUGCGCCGCUUUAUGUUGCUCUUGGGGAGAGGCUGCCUUCCUUCGGCGCACAGCCGGCCGCUCGGGCAUUCAUUGCUUUGUCGGGCCUUGCCGACCUGCCAGAAACAGGUAACAGGAAAACCACAGUGCGACGGCAUAGUACAUGCAGUGUGUGUGUUUGUUUGUUUGUUUGUCCCAGGUCAUCCCCCAUCCGAGAGCCCCUCCGGCAGUGUGUGGCGUCUGGUGGACACGCUGCUCGAGAGGCUUGAGGACCAUUACGUGCGACUGAAGCUGUCGCCACGGUAGGCAAUAAGGCAGUGCAGCAGUGCGUCCAGAGGAUGUAAUGUGUUUGCUCUCUGUUCCUGAUCAGUGCUGCCGCUCUGUACGCAUGUGGCUGCGCCCGACUGGGGCUGCCGAGGAGCCCACAUAAACAGCACAGCCAAGCACUGGUACACAGACAGACACGCUACGCUGUCCGUUUUGCAUCUGGGUCGGUUUCUUCCUUCAGACCGUGUUGCGUGACCUGUUGCUGUGCCCCAAGGCAAAGCGGCUUGCGAGGAUGGAGCCAUCCGAGCUGCAAGACGUGGUACGGCGGGGCAAGGAAGAUGGCGCUCGUUUCUUUCGCGGUGUGGCACUUGUGGGACUUGUGUGGCUGGGUGAAUGUCUGGGUCGCUGGCUGGUUGGUCAGGUGUGGUGUUACGCGUUGGUGGUACCACCAGACCGAGCACUGUUCGAUCACAUCGUGUGGAAGGUACUCCAGGAGGGAAAAGGCUCCUGAUGUAUGCGAAAAAUUACACUGUUCAGAUCAAAGGCAGUGAGCAUCGCCUGCCGCCCCACGUGUGCAUCCACUUGGUCAUAGGGUGAGUUCAGCCGAGCCGAGCCGCCUCUUGCAGUCGGUGUAUUUAUUGUGCUUGCACUGCACGUGUGUCUGUCAUUCUCAUUGUCAGCCUGCGUCGAGUUGGCCGCCUCAGAGAGGCCCUCCCUGCCCUGACCACACAUCUUUCGACAGGUCGGUAGAUAAUGCACCAAUCAAUGGUCAGCAAGAUGCCAGUGGCAUUACUGCACGGUCGUCUGGUGUUUGCCGUGUCGUCUCAUUCAGUUCAGUCUUUCGAGUGGUGCAGUGCCACGGACCUGGCGCGCGCCCUCCACGCACUCAUCCCCACACCAGUAACCCCUGAUGGCGAACAAACACAAUGAUCAGCCUUUCACAGACAGUCAUUCUCAUUCUCUGUGUGCAGGCCGUGUCGGUGUCACUCCUCUGUCGUGUUGCGAGGGCUUUCGACGGAGAAGGACACUCGGCAGAAGCGUACGCCGCGAAGAGAGAACAUGGGAACGGUUUCACGACCAUCCGAACGGGCCUCUUUGUUUGUGCUCAGACUCGGUUGGGAUCGCUGGCUCCAUCUCCUUCUCAGAGCCGUCAAGAAGGUACGCAGCCGCGUGUUGAUGGACUGUGCCGUGCCACUUUGUCUAUAUCUCUGUGGGCUGUACAGGGACUUGCCACCGUCACUCGCGCAUCAGCUGAGCAGGUCCUGCCUGAAGACCUCUCCUCGUUUGCUGAUAAAGUCGAUGUGGUGAACGAGCUCCUUAAUGCCCUCGCAUCUGAAACGGUCAGCUUUGACGCGGCAACGGAUGAGGAUAGCGAGGCGCAGAGGAAGAUCGAGCUUGGACAGGUCAGUCAGUCAGGCAGCACAGGCUCGCGAAAAGGUCCCUCUGUGGUCAUGUGCGGUGUGUCAUGCAGCUGUUGCUGAAGCACCUGUCGACGUCAUGGCGGGCCAGCAGGGAAGGCGAAAACGAGCCGGAAGAAACCUUGGCCUACAGGAACGGAUCCGUGAGAGCGUCGGAGACCCAGGCACCCGCCGCGUCAGCCAGAGAGGGCGAGGCCAUGAUCCGAAUGCAGCCUUCCGAGGAGGACCCUGAUGACGAUCCGUGGGCCGGUGCGCUCGGCAGGCUGCUGCAGAGGAAGGCACGUGAGCAGCGGCUGGCGAUACAAUCGGUUGAUGAGAGUGGGGGUGAUGAGUGUGUCGGUGAGGGGGAGGGGUUGGCCAAGUAUGAGAGGAAGGGCCGUGUGGAGGCUUAUGAGGUUGUUUUUGGCCCGGAAGAGGCAGACAGGCAGGAAUGAUGGAUGGGAGGGAGGUGUGCGCGGACAUGAGCUCAUGA